ACUCAGAUAUAUAAUAUGUAUAUGUAUAUAAGACAUAUUACCCCCACGUGUCAACUCAAGGGAUCGAAAGAUCCACCGAGACUCUGUUAACCCUUGUGUGACUAUAUUCCCCUUCAACUUGGAACUGCCGCGAAUCCAACCGCCGAUGACUUUCCGGCCAACACCAACUCUGUUAUUCACUGAAAAGGUAAUUCUUAAUGUCUGGACAUGAGUUGGUGACUCCUCCUUUUGGAUGAGAGAAUUGCUACGGUGCCUUCAAGUAUGCAAUGGUUGUGAAGCUUACUUCUGAUUAAAAAUAUAUAUGGUUGUUUCAGAGCUUCUGAAGCGUUCUUCUCAAUUCUAGUUUGGCAAAGAAUUUACAAAUAGGUGAGUUUGUCAGAAUCAUGACAUGAUUGGUGGCUUUAGAGCUUGAUUGAAGAUGAUAUCUCCGGUUCACUGUACAACCUUUGGUUGUUCUCUAUGUUAGUUUGAAAAAGACCACGCCUACAUAUGGAGGAAGUUUGUCUCAACAGUGAGCCAGUGUUCGACGAAGGUGAUGAGUAUGAGGAUGAAGGAGACUGCACUAUGCUGGAACAUGAUGACGAUAUCAGUGAAACACAAUCAAGGAAGGAACCCCCACUGCCUACUGUUGGUUUGGAGUUCGAAUCUUUUGACAAAGCCUAUGAUUUUUAUAAUAUGUUUGGAAAGGAACAAGGUUUCGGCAUAAGAGUCAGUAAUUCAUGGUUUAGAUCAAAGAGAAAAGAACGGUAUAGGGCAAAACUUAGCUGCAGUAGUGCAGGUUUCAAGAAAAAGAGUGAAGCAAACCAUCCUAGACCAGAAACAAGAACCGGUUGUCCUGCAAUGAUAGUCAUUAGGCUCGUGGAUUCUAAAAGGUGGAGAAUAGUUGAAGUAGAACUUGAACACAACCACCCAGUGAAUCCGGAAAUCAAACGCUUUUACAAGUCGCAUAAAAAAAUGAUUCUUGCAGCCAAAAAAGCACAUCAGACAGAGCCUGUUACUGAAAUACAUACUAUUAAAUUGUACCGAGCAGCUCUUGCUGACACUGGAUCUAAUGGAUACUCAAAUAUUGAUGAAAGAGAGGGUAGAAAUCCUAUUGAUAACUCUAAGCAUUUGGAACUCAAAGAGGGGGAUGCACAUGCAGUCUAUAACUACUUCUGUCGCAUGAAGUUGACAAAUCCAAAUUUCUUUUACUUGAUGGAUCUUGAUGACGAAGGGCGUUUAAGAAAUGUGUUUUGGGCAGAUGCCAGGUCCAGGACUGCAUAUAGCUACUUCAGUGACGCAAUUGCAAUCGACACAACAUGCUUGGCAAACAAAUACGAGAUCCCUCUCAUUUCGUUCAUUGGAGUAAAUCACCAUGGACAUUCUGUCUUGCUGGGAUGCGGUAUCAUUGGACAUGAAUCGGUAGAGUAUUUUGUUUGGAUCUUUAGAGCCCUUCUUACAUGUAUGCUUGGGCAGCCUCCACAAGUUAUUAUUACCGACCAGUCCAGGCACUUGCAAAUUGCAGUCUCUCAGGUCUUCCCAGAGGCUAUUCAUUGUUAUUGUUUGUGGUAUAUCAUGCAACGAGUAUUUGAGAAGUUGGGGGGACUGAAGGGGUAUGAAGCAAUCAGAAGACAAUUGAAUCAAGCAGUUUAUGACUCCUUGAAGAUAGCUGAGUUUGAAACUUCUUGGGGUGAUAUGACGACAAGGCAUGGCCUUGGGGAUAACAAAUGGCUGCAAACAUUGUAUGAAGAUCGACAAAGGUGGGUUCCGGUUUACUUAAAAGACACUCCUUUUGCAGGAAUGAUCCCUAUCAAAGAAAAUGAGUGCAUGAAUGCGUUUUUCGAUGGUUAUGUACAUAAACAUACAUCAUUUAAAGAAUUUGUAGAUAAAUAUGAUCUAGCUUUACAAAGGAAGCACCUGAAAGAAGCCAUGGGGGAUCUGGAGUCGAGAAAUUCAAGCUUUGAAUUGAAAACUAGAUGUAAUUUUGAGUUGCAGCUCGCUGAGGUGUACACAAAGGAAAUCUUCAAGAAGUUCCAAUCUGAAGUCGAGGGAAUGUAUUCUUGUUUUAACACAAGGCAAGUAAGUGUUAACGGGCCAAUUAUAACAUAUGUGGUCAAAGAACGAGUUGAAGUUGAGGGAAGGGAGAAGGAGGUGAGGUAUUAUGAGGUUUUGUAUGAGACGACACAAGUUGAUAUCCGUUGCAUUUGCAGUUUGUUCAAUUUUAAAGGUUACCUCUGCAGGCAUGCAUUAAGUGUCCUCAACUACAAUGGCGUGGAAGAAAUCCCAUCGAGAUACAUUCUACCACGUUGGCGUAAGGACUUUAAGCGCAGAUAUCAUCCAGAUAGUGGCUCCAAUGAUGUUGAUGUAAAUAACCCAGUGCAUCGUUAUAAUCAUCUGUAUAAAAGUGUCAUUCAAGUUGUGGAAGAAGGGACAGAGUCUCAGGAACAUUAUAAGACUGCAUUGCAAGAAUUAGAUGAGUUGUUGCAAAAGUUUAGUCUUGUAGAGGACAGUUUGGUUUAAUGGUAACAUAAUAUGCUCUCAAUCAAACAUGGCAAUUAGCUAUAAUUGUAUAUAACACUGUUAAAAUUAUAUUUGGUUCUCUCUC